ACAACAACCAAAUCAAAAUUGACGUAGCCUUUUCUUUUGAAGCUAUCACCACCACCGCGCACCACGCGAUUACAAGCUUCUUCAACUUUCUUUGUUUUUAUAGCUAUGCUUUUUCAUUACAUACUCAAUCUAAUUCCCUUCAAUAAUACCAACCGUUAUAUAGAAUAACGCAACUAGAUCUUUCCCAAAUUUAAUGACUUCUAGUGUCUUUGCUAGCCAGCUCAUCACCGUCGUCACUCAUGCUGCAUAGCUUGCCCUUUCAUUGAUACCUCGAGCCAGUAUCAUUUUACAAUAAGAACACAACAGGCUUGCGUCUAUUCUAGUACCAUGUCUGUUAAUGACGGAGCCCAAGUUGGCCAUGCCAUAGUCGAAUUCUCUCUGUACGGUAUCUUUCCCGAUGAAGACAUAUCGUCGCGACAAAUCUCAGCGCAACACUUUGCGCCAGCCUUAGCAUCCUUAGAAGCAGCCAAGAUAAAGCUAGAGUCCGAUAUCCAUAAGAUCAACGAAGAAACUGCUCCGGAUGUAAACCAAUGGAUCGCAAAUGCGAAAUCUCUCGAAGAUGAUAUAACCCGAUCGCGGAACUGGGCGAACGAUAUCAUACGACGGUCGCAAGCGCCUGAUGUGUCGGGGAAAGCAAUAGAAGAGGCGGAAACUAAGGUUAAGUUCCUGCAACAAGAGGUCCAGUACAGCCAACAAGUCCACCAUGCAUUAGGAAAUAUCAAACAUGUGAAUGAGCUCUUCGAUCAAGUUGAACGAGCGCGAGAUGAGCGCAGGAUACUGGACUCACUUCACCUUCUAGAGAAGUCUUGGUCUGCAUUGGACGCUAUUUCUGUUGGAAAGUCUUGCCGCGUUAUGAAGCUCCUUGAUAUGAGGGCUUUUGAGUUGAAGUCUACCAUUCAUGAUGUGUUCGACAGGGUUUGGGACUCCCUCGUACGGGUAGACCGGGAAAAUGCGAAAAUAGCUGUGUUUCAAAAUCACCAAGAUGAGCAGAUGAAUCUAGCCGAUGCUGUCGUCGGCCUUAAGGCGUAUAAAGAGCUUGACCAGAGAAUGACUUCAUUCUGGCAUGACAUAGACCAAGCUAUUGUCGGUCCACGCACCAACACCGAAUCUCAGGAGCUACCUAAGAUCCAGUUAGAGGGUUCAUAUUUAACAUUGAACGGGCGCGCAGAUAGAUCUAUCACUUCUUUAUUUUCUGAUCUGGAUCUGGUGGUGACGUACCUAUCUGAGCGCCUACCUGAAGAGCUGGUAUUUUCUCUAUCCAACGUAAUGAUGCCAGAUCUUAUUCCUCGACUCAUAAGCAUUUGGCUAGACACAUCCGUUCCAGCGUCCCUGAAAGAAAUGGAUGGUUUUCGAGAUGUCACGGAAGUUGUCAAGGCAUUCUGUAGCCGCUUACGAAGUCUGAAACUCGCUGGAUUCCAAGAGCUACAGGACUGGGUUGACGAUGCUCCCAAAGUGUGGUUAUCCAAGUGUAAAGAAACCGCAUUAGACACCGUCCGUACAAAGCUUUCACAAGGACUCGGCCAGCCAAAAGAAGUAGAACGUGUUGAAACUCAGACAGUCACGCAGUCCGAAGGCAAAGAAUUGGCCGCCAAUGGCGUCGGUCCUUCAAAUGACGAUGAUGACUGGGGCGCAGCAUGGGAUGAUGGAGAGACGGAUAUCCAACAAGACACCAAUUCAAAACCAGAGGCUGCUGAAGACGAUGGAGCCGAUGCGUGGGGCUGGGGAGAUGAUGACGCUGCCGGUGAACAAACUCAGGAGGACCCAGCAGCCGAAGAAGAUCCCGCGGCGGCAUGGGGAUGGGGUGAAGAGGAUACGACAGGGGUAGCCGCUGAAGAGCCGGCAGCCAAAACUCAGCCUUCAAACACACAGACUCGUGAGUUGACGUUAAAAGAAACAUACAAUAUCUCUUCUAUGCCAGAACCAGUCAUAGCACUUGUCUCGGCUAUUCUUGAAGAUGCGGCCUCACUUGUUGGAAACGAUGGCAAUCCCAUGGCAGCAACAGCUGGGGGACUCUUUUCACUACCAACACUUGUCCUUGCCAUGUUCCGCGCCGUAUCCCCGUAUUAUUACACACUUAAUGCAGGCGGCAACAUGUUUUUAUACAACGACGCAACGUACCUUUCCGAACGGCUUGCGGACCUCGCUAAGGAGUGGAAGGCCCGCCAAGAUCUAACGCCCCGCGCGAUCGCGAUGCUCCGCCUCGACAAUGACAUCAAGGCGCUCCAGUCUUUUGCAAAUCGCGCUUAUUCAUCCGAGAUGUCUACGCAAAGAACCAUCAUACGGGAUUUACUAGGCGGUUCUCAAAAUCUUCUCCAGCAAGAUGGGCUUGCUACUUCUGACUUAGAAGCGCAGGUUGACAGCGCGACUGGGCACGUGCGCGCUCUCGCCGCGACAUGGUCCACGAUAUUAGCUAAAUCGGCCUGGAGCCAAGCUGUAGGCUCACUGGUCGACACCAUUGCCUCGAAACUCGUCUCCGACGUUAUGGAUCUAGCCGGAAUCGGUCAGGAUGAGGCGUAUAAUAUCGCGAGCCUAAUCGCUCGUAUCACGGAGCUCGACGACCUAUUUCUUCCUCCGGGAGCGCCAGAGGAUGCUAUACCGACCACGGCCCAGUAUGCUAGUAGUUGGCUACGGCUCAAAUAUCUCAGCGAGGUGUUACAGAGUAACCUGCAGGAUGUGCGGUAUCUGUGGAUGGAAAGCGACCUCAGUCUAUACUUUUCAGUCGAGGAAGUGGUCGAGCUGAUCGGCCUCAGUUUUGUGGAUAAUGCACGGACGAGAGAGAUCGUCAGAGAGAUCGAAGCACAUCCACAACCGGUUGAAGAGAGGUAAUGGAAACUUGCUGAUAGGGCUGUAGCUUAAGUGGACCACUAUGUAGAUGCGUACCUCACAUAUUUACCACGUUAUUCCCGUACUUCAUGUUUCAUUCCUUUCGAGUCGUCGCCCGGUGGAUAGCCACAUUCCUUGUUUUUAAUAACUUCCAACCUGCUGCGCCGGAGGAAAAUCUUGCUCUCUAAUACCUAAAAUUUUAUUCCAUGAUCGUCCCGAUCACGUCGAGAGAUCCACAAGCUCAUAUGUAUGCAUGUGUGUAUGUAAAUCAACGGGAAUUAGCUGGCACCGCUAAUAACGGACAUAUGGCAUAGCAUAGCAUGGCAUGGCAUGGCAAUACAUAGUCACCGCUACUUUGGCCACGCGUCCCACGACGGUGGCUGCAUAGGCUAUCAAGGCGUGAAUCCCAGGCUUCUUUGCGGUUAAACUUGCUUACUUACUCGAUAGAAUGCAAUGCAAUACAGGUAGCUAGGUAGCUAUGUACAUAUAUCCGUCGGGCCUGGAAACAAAUGCGAAUCUCCGAAAUUACCAAAAAAGAACCUCAGCGUAAGGACCGCAUUCCGAAAGGAAGAAAUGCAACGAUCGGUAAUAAUAUAAGAGGUAGGGAGAGGUAACGUUUUCCCGUGGCUUUGCGAAUACAUAAC